UUCACACAAAUCUUCUGUAAAUUUAAGUUUAAUUGUUUUCUUUAUUUCAUUGCGCGGCUUUGUGACUUUUUAAUCAAGGUUAAUUGUGUCAGCUCAUUUUUAUUUUUCAUGAUUCAUCAUGACUGCCAUCUCAUUAGAUAAGGAUGCCUUUUUCAGGCGUGCUAAAAGGUUUUACCAGAGUUGGAAAAAUCCGUCUAAUGAAGUUAACCUGAGUGAGGUAGAUGCCAUCGUCUUUUGUGUUGGCUCGGAUGAUGAUGUUACCUACAGUAAAUCAAUUGCCCUGCAGACAUGGUUGUUUGGCUAUGAAUUGACUGAUACUAUAAUUGUUCUUGCUGAAAAAUCUAUUCAGAUAUUGGCCAGUAGGAAGAAAGUCGAUUUCCUCAAAGCCAUUGAAUCCAGUAAAGAGAAUGAGAAGGAUGUUCCACCAGUCAGUCUUUUGAUUCGUGAUAAAGCAGACAAAGAUCAAGCCAAUUUCGCUAAACUGAUUGACACCCUUUCUAAAAGUCAAAAUGGCAAGAAGAUAGGUGAAUUCAGCAAAGAUAAGUUCUCAAAUGAAUUCCUAGAUGGAUGGAAAAAAUUAUUUGAAAGCAAGAAUUUCAACACUGUUGAUGUCAGCUCCCAAGUGGCUUACAUAAUGGCUCCUAAAGAGGAUUCGGAAGUUGAAAUUCUGAAGAAAGCUUGUGGAAUCACCGUUGAAGUCUACUCUAAAUAUUUGAGGGAAGAAAUAACGGAGAUAAUCGAUUCUGACAAAAAAGUAAAACAUACAAAAUUAACUGAGGGAGUCGAUAAAGCUAUGCAAGAUAAAAAGUACAUCAAAAACCUGGAUUUACAGUCUGUUGAUGUAUGUUACACACCAAUCAUCCAAUCCGGGGGUAAUUACAGUCUCAAGUUUAGUGCUACCAGUGACAAGAAUAAUUUACACUUUGGAGCUAUCAUUUGUGCUCUUGGCGCUCGUUAUCGACAAUAUUGUUCGAACAUUGUCCGGACCAUUUUAGUUAAUCCAUCACAAAAGCAACAAGAUCUUUAUGAUUUCUUGAUAACCGCUCUUGAUGAAGUUAUUAACAAGCUUCAAGAUGGCGUCAAGCUGUGCGAUGUAUACAAAGUUGCUCAAGAUAUGGUCGAAAAAAAGUAUCCAGAUUUGUUAGAUAAAAUGACCAAGAACAUUGGUUUCGCAAUGGGAUUGGAAUUCAGAGAAUCUUCCCUUCUUAUCGCUCCUAAAGUAACCGCUGUAGCCAGAAAAGGAAUGGUUUUCAACGUAGCCAUAGGUUUUUCAAAUCUCAUUAAUGAUGAGGCUAAAGAUAAAGAAGCAAAGGUUUAUGCUUUAUUCGUUGCUGAUACAGUCUUGGUAAAUGCUGGAAAACCAGCUGAAAUUUUAACCAAUGCUAAAAGGAAACUUAAAAGUGCGGCUAUCUUUUUAAAAGACGAGGAAGAAGGGUCCGAAGAAGAGGAAGAAGAAUCAAAACCACAAAUUGAUGAAGAGUUUUUGGGACGAGCUGGUCGUCGAACUGCUAUUCUUAAUUCAAAAUUGAGAACUGAGGCAUCAACUGAGGAAAAGAGAAAAUUACAUCAGAAAGAGCUUGCCGAGCAAUUGAAUGAGGCUGCAAAAGCCCGAUUGGCUCAAAAGUCAGGUGGAAAGGAGCAGCAAAAAGUCAGAAAAUCAAACGUCUCUUACAAAUCGAUGAAUCAUAUGCCUAAAGAUCCUGAAAUAACUGAAUUGAAAAUAUUCGUCGAUCGAAAAUAUGAAACUAUUAUUCUACCAAUUUAUGGUUUACCUGUACCAUUCCACAUAUCUACAAUCAAAAACAUUUCACAAUCAGUCGAAGGUGAUUAUACUUAUCUCCGAAUAAAUUGUUUUCACCCUGGUUCUACGCUAUCCAAGAAUGAAAGCGGAAUGUAUUCCAAUAUAGAUGCUACAUUUGUGAAAGAGAUAACAUACCGUGCCACCAAUGUUAAAGAGCCUGGAGAAAUAUCAGCUCCGUCUUCCAAUCUGAAUACUGCUUUUCGUUUAAUCAAAGAGGUCCAAAAGAAAUUCAGAACUCGAGAAGCUGAAGAAAGGGAGAAAGAGGGUAUUGUUAAGCAAGAUACCCUGGUCAUUAGUAACAACAAAGGAAAUCCAAAAUUGAAAGACUUAUAUAUCAGACCAAACAUUUAUUCUAAACGAAUUUCUGGUACUUUAGAAGCACAUGUGAAUGGUUUUAGGUUCACCUCUAUAAGAGGAGAUAAAGUGGACAUCCUUUAUAACAACAUUAAACAUGCAUUCUUCCAACCGUGUGAUGGUGAAAUGAUCAUUUUGAUUCACUUCACUUUAAAAAAUGCCAUAAUGUUUGGUAAAAAGAAACAUGUUGAUGUUCAAUUCUAUACUGAGGUGGGAGAAAUUACAACAGAUCUGGGAAAACACCAGCAUAUGCAUGACCGUGACGAUCUUGCUGCCGAACAAGCUGAAAGGGAAUUACGAGGAAAGCUCAAGUCUGCUUUCAAAAACUUCUGCGACAAUGUUGAAGCCAAAACAAAAGGAGAAAUUGAAUUUGAUACUCCUUUCCGAGAUUUGGCAUUCCCUGGUGUUCCUCAUAGAAGUAUCGUCAAUCUUCAACCAACUUCCUUCUGUUUGGUUAAUCUUACUGACUGGCCUCCGUUCGUUAUCACCUUAGAUGAAGUUGAGUUAGUUCAUUUUGAAAGAGUUCAAUUCCAUCUCAAAAACUUCGACAUGGUUUUUGUCUUUAAAGAUUACCACCGUAAAGUAGCCACGAUUGGAGCAGUUCCUAUGGCUAUGCUAGACCAUGUAAAAGAAUGGCUUAAUCAAUGUGAUAUACGCUAUACCGAAGGUAUCCAGUCUUUGAAUUGGGCCAAAAUUAUGAAAACCAUCACUGAUGAUCCUGAAGGAUUCUUCGAUCAAGGAGGUUGGUCGUUCUUGGAUCCAGAUAGCGAUGCCGAGCAAGAAGAUGAAGACGACGAAGAUGAAGAGGAUGAACAAUAUAAUCCGACUGAAGAGAGUGAUUACGAAGAUGAAUCAGAGUCUGAUGAAUCAGGCUCUGAUGUUACUGAAAGUGAAUCUUAUUCAGAUGACUUGGGAUCUAGUGAAGAAAGUGGCAAAGAUUGGUCUGAAUUAGAAGAAGAAGCUGCUCGCGCUGAUAGAGAAAAGGAUUAUGAAGAUCAGGAAGUCGACCAAACUCGGGGCAAAAAGUAUUCUAAAACUAAACCAAGUUCGUCAUCAUCAUCCUCUAAGCAUCAUCAUAAAAGUCCUAUGAAGAAUGGAUCUAAAAGACCGCGAGAAGGUUCCGAUCACAAGAAAAAGAAGUUCAAAAAAUGAAAACAACAACAACCUUAACAUUGCGUUCAACCGAUACUCUUAGGAAUUUUAAUACAAUUUUUCGUUACAAUCACUGUUCACUAUGGGAUUAUCAUUCGUGCGAAUUCACAACUAUGCAUGAAUGCAUAGAUUUCUCAUACAACAUUAUUACAUUCAUCUCUAAUUUUUCUGAUACAUCACGUGAAAAAGCGAAAGUUAAUUUUAUUAACUUAAUUUUCACAUAAUUUACGUCAUUUGUUGCAGUAAAAAAGAAAACCCAUUGUACAUUGAUCAUUCAUCCAAGCACUUCAAAACGUAAAUUACAGUAAAACUGAGCAAAACAUUUGAUUCUUAGAAACAAGAAAAUGACAAAAAAUGUUAUGUUCAAUGUCAACUUUAUAUACAAAAAUGAAUGAAUUCUUUACAUGAGUAAAUAAAAUUUCGUCCAAUAAAUUGUGAA